CAUUAUUUAAGGACCGCCUAGAGCAAAUAAUUUCUCAGCCGUUGAAGCCCACGUCUCAAUUCUCUUACUAAUCAAAACCCAUAUUUUAAAUUUUCGAAAAAAGUUUGGGAAGUAGGUCUGUCGAAACGGGCGAGACGGAGAUUUUACAAAUUUUCAGAUUUUUGGUCUUGAAAUUGUUUGUGAAUGGUGGAAACAAUCUUGAAGAGUUGUAAUUUGAUGCUCUCCCUUUGUGAAUCAAGGGCGAGCUCAUCUCUUGUUUUUGCUUUUGGAUCCUGCAAAGAGGGCUGGUACUACCGCUGCCUCGGCGUCGACCCUUAGAUUUUUUUUGUGUGUUUUGAUUAUAAAGUUUAGAUUUUUAUCUGGAAACUAAACGAACAAGAAGAUUAAUAGAAAAAAAAAAUUCCAUUAACAUUCUAUCGCGAUUGUGUUAUAAUUUGUUUAUUUUGCAAGCAACGAUGGUGUUGUACAAGCAGAAGAAGAACCCGGCCCCAAAGGGCAAAAGGUUUUUGAUUAGCAUCACGGUGCUGGGCAGCGCUGGCCCGAUCCGAUUUGUUGUGAAUGAAGAAGAGCUUGUUGCUGCUGUUAUUGAUACCGCUUUGAAAUCUUAUGCUCGUGAAGGGAGAUUACCGAUCCUUGGGUCUGAUCUUAAUGAUUUCCUGCUUUACUGCUCCAAUGCUGGCUCUGAUGCUCUGAGUCCUUGGGAUACAAUUGGAUCACAUGGAGUGCGAAAUUUUAUCCUGUGCAAGAAGCCACAGACUGAGAAGAUUGAAGAUGCUGGAAGAUUGGACUCUGCCAUUAGUCGAUGGGGAAGCGGGAGGUGGAAGAUAUGGCUGAACAAGUCCCUCAAUCUUUAGAUCUCUUCCCAUUAAGUAAAGUUCACUUAAUCUAAUGAAAAGAUUCUCAUCAGUUUGUGGUGAUGAGUGCUGCUAUUUUCCCUAAUCUACCUGGGAAGUUGAAUUGUUUCAAGUCUGGUUAUUGGUUUCAUUCUAUGUUGGCUUUUGUGUUUCCCAUUUGAGUCAAAUAAACUUUAGUUAUAAUUGUUGCUCCUUUGAGUAAUUUGCUUUGGAAUAAGUUUUAGUUAUUUGAUUGUUUGAUUUAUUA